AUGAACAUGAAAUUAAUUACUAUCUACGCCAGGUACUGUACUCCUUCAUCUUCCUCAGCAACAUCACCCUUUCUUGCUAAUAAUAAUCCUUCUUCUAAACAACAAGGUAAUUCAACAACUUCUUCAGCAACCAAAAUCGUGACAAAUACUCGUGAUUAUGUUCCUAAUGGUAUUCCAGUAUCUCCUUUAGCAACAUCAGCAGGUCCAGAUAGCUCGACGCCCAAUCCACCAGUUGCUCCAGCAUCUUCUUCUUCAUCAUUAGCUAUUCCACCUGGAGAUAUUUCUGCCUCUAAUGUCCCAGGUGCUCCAGAAUCUUCUUCGGUAGCAUCUCCUGGUGCAGUUAUUGCUAGUUCUACUUCUAAUGCACCAGGUGCUCCAGAAUCUUCUUCGGUAGCAUCUCCUGGUGCAGUUAUUGCUAGUUCUACUUCUAAUGCACCAGGUGCUCCAGAAUCUUCUUCGGUAGCAUCUCCUGGUGCAGUUAUUGCUAGUUCUACUUCUAAUGCACCAGGUGCUCCAGAAUCUUCUUCGGUAGCAUCUCCUGGUGCAGUUAUUGCUAGUUCUACUUCUAAUGCACCAGGUGCUCCAGAAUCUUCUUCGGUAGCAUCUCCUGGUGCAGUUAUUGCUAGUUCUACUUCUAAUGCACCAGGUGCUCCAGAAUCUUCUUCGGUAGCAUCUCCUGGUGCAGUUAUUGCUAGUUCUACUUCUAAUGCACCAGGUGCUCCAGAAUCUUCUUCGGUAGCAUCUCCUGGUGCAGUUAUUGCUAGUUCUACUUCUAAUGCACCAGGUGCUCCAGAAUCUUCUUCGGUAGCAUCUCCUGGUGCAGUUAAUGCUAGUUCUACUUCUAAUGCACCAGGUGCUCCAGAAUCUUCUUCGGUAGCAUCUCCUGGUGCAGUUAUUGCUAGUUCUACUUCUAAUGCACCAGGUGCUCCAGAAUCUUCUUCGGUAGCAUCUCCUGGUGCAGUUAUUGCUAGUUCUACUUCUAAUGCACCAGGUGCUCCAGAAUCUUCUUCGGUAGCAUCUCCUGGUGCAGUUAUUGCUAGUUCUACUUCUAAUGCACCAGGUGCUCCAGAAUCUUCUUCGGUAGCAUCUCCUGGUGCAGUUAAUGCUAGUUCUACUUCUAAUGCACCAGGUGCUCCAGAAUCUUCUUCGGUAGCAUCUCCUGGUGCAGUUAAUGCUAGUUCUACUUCUAAUGCACCAGGUGCUCCAGAAUCUUCUUCGGUAGCAUCUCCUGGUGCAGUUAAUGCUAGUUCUACUUCUAAUGCACCAGGUGCUCCAGAAUCUUCUUCGGUAGCAUCUCCUGGUGCAGUUAAUGCUAGUUCUACUUCUAAUGCACCAGGUAAUGAUUUCACAUACGAAAUUACAGCUUGA